GUGUGUGAUCAUCGAUCGUUCGAUCGCCCGCGUUCGAUUCGUACCUACUACGAAUUCGUAACUACGGUCGUGAUCCUUGCGAUCGGUUCGAAUCGUGCGGGUGUCGCAAAUCAAUCGCUGAUCGCCGCGUACGUUUGACCGGUGAUCGAUGUCGUUGCGACGACGUGACUUAAGUCCCCUACCGCGCGGUAGUGGUAGCGGGGGAGGAGGGUCUCUUGGUGCCAGCAGCAAGCUACGAAUGGAUCGUAAUCCAACUAGGGCAAAAAUUAACGAUCCCAGCCACCCGGCAGGCAAGCGCAAGGAGAUUGACAACGUAAUGAAAAAGGCACGCGCCUUUCCGAACGAGACCUGGGACAAAAAGCUGCUCGAGGCGGAGGAGAAAGAUCCCAACCGUUGGCGUCAUACGGGCUACAAAAAGUUGUACAUCGAGGACGACCCCAGUAGUUCCGAUUCGGGACGGGGAGGUGGUCCCGGUGGUCGCUAUGGCAACGGGGGACGUCGCAGUCGUUCGCCGCGCUCUCCACGGCAUCGUCGCACACCGUCACCGUUGCCACCGAUGCGGAAACGGCGUAUCUCAUCUCCUUCACCGUUGCCGCUGCGUCGUCGGUCUCCUCUGCCAUCACCGGUUACUCGAAAACCGUUGCUGCCGGAAUCAAAACGCCGACCACGGUCACCCUCGCCGCGAAUGCGUCGCAAAUCACCUCUGCAACUUAUGACGCGGCGCCCAUUAUCGCCCGAAAUACGUCGGCGAUCGCCACCACCGAGCAUGAUGCCAGGAUCACCACGCCGACCUCGGCGCUUGUCUCCACCGGCAGUACCGGCAUCGAAAACGAGCCGAAUGCCACCGGUUCCGCGAUCGAAACGGCCACCUUCACCACCUCCCAGGAUGAGUCGUUCGGGCUCGAUGAGCAGUUGCUCUGACGACUCCUGCUCUGCUUGCUCGGCCAAAGAUCAUCGUCGUCGGCGGCGCUCUAGAUCUCGGUCGUUUUCGCAUCCGCGUCCGCGCGCUCGUUCUCCGCCGCACAGCAACGGCUCGAAAAGUAACCGACGCGAUGGUCUCGGGGCCAGUCACGAAAACCGCAUUCGCCCUAUGAGUCCGCCGCCGAUGGAUCCGCGACGCAAGCAACCAAUACUUCCCCCGUCCUCAUCGCAUCAAUCUGAACGACUGCCGAAAGUUCAGCGAAGUCUCGAGAAGGAUCCCCGUGAUCGAGUCGCCCGAUCGAUUCCACACCCAUCGGUUCCAGAGCCGCGCCAGAGACGUCCUCAAACACCAGAAUCGGAUCGAGGACGAGUAUCAUCUCCGCCGAAGCGAUCAAAGCACAGCAGCAAACAUUCUUCGGCCAGCUCUGUGGCCGUCCCGCCAGAGGAUAUCCGCCCAGUCAAGAGUAGCGGCCGUUCGUCGAAGCAGCAACCACCACAGCUAGCCACUAACGGUGGUCAGGAAGCAAAUGCUCAACCGGUGCCAGGACCCUCAUCAGUAGCUCCUGUUGCUGCUGGUCACAAGAAACAUAAAGAAAAAAGUGCGGAGAAACUACGGGCUCGCGUGAAGAUCGAAGGAGAACCGAAACAAGCCAGAGCAGUGGCCCGGCCACGUUCUCCCUCCAGCGGCUCGGAGGAAUCGAGCAGCAGUGAAAACUCUCUGCCUCGUUUUACGGCCACUACUCGCCUCACCCUGUCCGAGCGCUUCGGAAAGAUGGCUCAGUGGAGUGUCGAUCGAUCUAACAUGGAAAAUAUGCGCAUCACAAAGAACUCAGCAGGUGGCGAUCUGAAGGUGAUGAUCGAGGAGGAACUGGAAGCCCCACCGACACGUUACACUUACUCACCGGCUCCCGCUGGUCAUUUCCCCGAGGAACUGAUGACUACUGGACCCAGCGGACUCUCGUCGUGGGAUGACGUACGGGUGCGCUACGAAUAUUACAAGGGUCGAGGCUACCUGCGCGAUCUCGACCUCCAGGACUACAUCAAGUGGGAGGAAUGGUGGUACAAGUACCAGGAGUGGUUGAAGCAGGAGCGCUACUAUGAGCUGUGGGAACGCACGCAAAUGAACCGGCGACGGAAGAAAAUCCCUAUUUCGCAGCGUCUCAACUAAGCCUGUCCGAACUAAGCGUAGACAAUAGAUCUUCGGACGAAUCACAAAAGAACAUCUGAUGAUCGUCAUGUAAUCGUAUGAUUUGUGCAAGCUUUCACGACUGUUUUGGUCUGACGGAGUCGGAUAGUCAUCCAAACUUCCGAGCUUGGAAAAGUUGGCCAGAUUUGAAGCGCCUUCUACAGGAUGCAAACCUGUAACGCAAAACCAUGUAUGACAGUAACGAAUGGAACCACUUUACGAUUUGUCAACUUCUCCGUUCAAUCAAUCGAUGAUCUUAAAACGUAAUGUUUAAGUAAUAUAAGAAUGUUCGUUCUUCCUCAUUUGACAUGUCUACUGUUUUACGAAUUCACCUUUUUCAAAUAUCUUUGUUUACAAACGUAGAACGUGUGGCAGUUUAUGAAUGUAAUUGGCACGCACGUGACACGAUUUUCCGGACAGCAAUGUCUGGAUAAGUACUACUUCCAUAGCCUUUCAUUUUUCAUAGCUUUUUCUGAAAUCUGUAACGUACUGUGUGCGUGGAAGUAAACGAAAAAAAAAUUCAUGAAACAUAUUGCAUUGACAACUGAAAUAGUUUGACGGUCAAUAGUGCCGUGAGAACAAUAGUCGUGUGAACUUCGUUGGAGUUCGUAGAUGA